CACUCGGCUCACCUUCGUCAUUUCUUUAUCUUUUCAUAUUUUCUUUCUGCUUUUUUCUUAUAUCAAAAAAAAAAAAUGUUAAGAUCAUGUCGGAUGUCACAUCAAAGACAUGUCAAGGAAAUAUCAACAAACGAGAAGGAAACGAAAAGAAACCAAAAGCAAAUAUGAAAAAUACAGAGUCGAAAUGCCCAUGACGGUCUCCCAGUCCAUGAGACCAGCCUUAUCCCACCAUGUCCCAUACCGUCCAGUCCCCAUACGCCGAUUUCCAAGAAGAGAGAGAAAGAAAAAAGGAAAAGAUUUCACAAACAUAUAUCAAUGAGAUACGGACGGGCGUGAUCGAAGAGAGGAAUAUGAAGUGCUGCCCGAAAACAUGAGAAUUAGGUUAGUCCGUCGGUGGUGCUUUUGCGUUCGC